CCCGCCACUAGUUUUGUGUGCUCCUACUUUUACUCCCCCGUUUCAUCAGCAUACAACUAGUAAUAAAUCGACAGUCUUCAACAUCUUAUGUCUGUUGAUAUUCUAUACCUAACCUUUCAUCAAAUACUAGCGCCUUAUAAAUGUUGACUGUCAUCGAUGAAGCGUUCGCGUGAGGAGAAAAAAAGGGAAUCCACUCUUUUCAGUGCUGAUUCAACUAUUUCUUGCCAGCAAGCAUCUGCAUCGACUUCAAAGACAAGCACGACUGCUUCGACCUCUAGUACGAGUCGGCCGGUGAUACAUACUACGACGACUCCCGGCACAUUGACGUCAUCCUCUUCUUCCUCCUCUACAACAGGCCCUAGAACCUCGAGACACACAGAGCACCCGAUCCUUUCUGCUCUGACGAAACAACAACUUGCGGUCGCGACCUCGAUUUUUAUGCCUGAACCUGUGAGGAGCUUAUUUCAGAAGGUAACAAAAGAAACUCCUGAAGAAGCUUCUCAACAAGAACUACAACGUGAAGGUGAAGAUUCUAACGACCCAAGUCCAAAAUCCCUGUGUGUGGAAGUGGGUAGCGAGGUGGACGAGGCAAGCAACAGCAACGAGGAAGGCUCUUCUAAUAAUCAGAGGCGCGACAUCAAAGGUACUGCGUUACGACGUCGACUGGGAUUUCCUGUACCUGCAGCUGUACCACCUGUACCAGCGAUUACAACCUCUACAACUGCGGCAACAUCAAAAUCUAAAGACUUUCACUCUGAUUCUGAAGAAGUAGGAGAUCUCUACAACUCUUUAGAUCACCAAGAACAACAACAAGGAGAAGGUAGCAGUAAUAGUCGUAGUACUAACAACGACAAGAAGAUGGCUCCUGCAGAAGAGGAUAGGCCUUCUACUACUCCGUUAGUUGUGGAGUCUCCUGCAGCAGAGGAUGAAAGUACGAUGAUCUUUGACGCCGAUCCCAAGAAAUGGAAAAAUCGAAAAAUCGCGAUCACUGUCGGUUUCUGCGGCGCAAAGUAUCGGGGAUUGCAGUGCAGCUACUUGCCUGGCGUCGAAACCAUUGAGAAUGAGCUGAGGAAAGCGUUUGUGAAAACUCGAAUGGCUGGCUCAUCGUCUCCACCUGAAGGUAGAGGACAAGGAGAAGGGAACGACAACAACCAUGCUGCUGCUGAAGAAGCAGCAAAGAAAAACCUAGACUCUGUCCGGAUUGAGAAUCUAAAUUGGUCCCGCAGCAGUCGGACAGAUGCUGGCGUGAGUGGUCGGGUUCUGGUCCUAGGCUGUCGGAUUCGCGUGCCAGUUCCGGUUGAUGAAGAUGCUGAGAAUGCGGAGCAAAGUUCUUCUAAAUUGAGUAAUACGAUCUCGUCAAGCGUGAACUCAGCCAACCCUCCCAAUGUCCAAGCAGCUCUGAACCAUGCUAGGAAACUCCUGAACGAAGCAUUGCCAGCAGAGAUUCGGGUGUUCUCGAUCAUCAAAGUCCCCAAAGGCUUUGACGCUCAAAAAGCAGCAAGCUGGCGAGAGUAUGCUUAUGUUUUGCCGCGCAGAGUUGUUGAUCCUACUAGCGCUAUUGGUGCAUCAACAUCUACUGCUUCUGCACCUACAUCUUGUUCUGCAAUUGCGUCAUCUGCAACAACUGCUUCAACAUCGAAGACCACUGCGACGACCCCACUUGCGACAACUUCAUCUUCCUCUACUUCAAUCACUGCGACCGCAACAAGUGUAUGUUCCUCUUUUUCGCUCGAACCUGAGAACGCUGUGCAGCAGUUUCGAAGGGACCAGACCCUGCAAUUGGUCGAUGUGGACAGACUCCAAGAAGCUCUGGAUCUCUUCGUCGGGGUGCACAGUUUUCACAAUUUUUGCAAUCUGAAGACCCGCGACGUCGAGAACAAACCCGGUGCUAGAGCAGAUCGAGAGGCUCGAGAGGCGAAAGGGAAGGGAAAGAAAGGAAGUGCUGGUGGUGGUGGUACUACUGGUGGUACAGGAGAGCAAGUUGGAGAAGGAGAUGAAGAACCGUCUGGAGGUGGUGCAGCGUGGUCGGGUAAAAAGGGGAAGGGUAAAAAAGGCAAGAAAAAGGGAAAGCAAGGCAAAGGUGGAGGUAAAAAGGAUGGUAAGGACAAGGGCGCAUCCUCAAUGUCAAUAGAAGAAGGGAAAGAAGAGCAAGAGGACCCGAACAAGAAAGAUGAAGAAAACGGAAAAGUAUCUUCAUCUACUUCAGGCGAAACAAAAAAGCGACCUGCAGAUGAAGAAAAUGCGGGUUCAGCGAGUACCUCGAAGCGACAAAAAUUAGACAUCAACGACACUACGACGAAUACGAAACAAGACAAGAAAUCCUCAAUUUUAGAUGUUGGCACCCAAGUGGAUUGGUCCAAACUAGUCGUCCGUGGCAUCGAUGCCGACAACUUACCACUCCAGGAUCGUUUUCGACACAGAGGCAAGGAUGUGCUGAAGAACAGCAUUUCUACGAUCUACUCCUUUCGCAUCGUCGACGUGACCGACGAACUCAUCGAAAUCCGGGUUUGCGGACAGUUCUUUAUCUUCAACCAGAUCAGACUCAUGAUUGGGGCGGCGGUUGCCUGUGCAAUGGGAUUGUACGAUGAAGAACUUAAUCUUGGAGCUGUUGCUGGCGGUGUACUAGGAGAUCAUGUACAACUAGGAGAUCAUGUUGAUGCUCUUGGCAAGCUGCAAGGACUUCAAGGCCAUAACGUGGUUCAAAUGCCAGGCGAAAAACCCGGUCUUUCUGUCAUUCGUGCAGCAUUGCAGUCUAAGAUCGAGUGCCAAUUUCCGCUAGCUCCUGGCGAAGGUUUGUGUCUGUACACAAGCGGCUACACCGGCUUUGACAGCCGCACUGGAAAAAUGGCUCUAGACUUAGAGCAGUACCGGAAAUGCCACUUAGAAGUCACCCCUGGUGAUGGAUGUGGGCUGAUCUCUAGUUGCACUGUCAAUCCCAAAUUUCCACCGAAACAAAACCUCCAAUUUUUCAUCGGCAACCGGGAAGAGCAGCUUGUCCGAGAUCUAGAGGCUAAUGCCACUUGGAGACGCAAAGCCAUGAAACUUCUAGAAGCCAGUGCAACGUCUACGGAUCCAGACAGAGACAGGGUUUUCUUAUUGCUGCCAACGUUUGAGCAAGAGCUAGAAGUGGAGACCUUCUAUCGGGAAAAGAUCCGCAAAGAGAUUUUGGGUCAAGUGCAGCAAGUCUACACCGAAUGGGUGUUGCACCAAGGGCUGCACAGAAUCAACUUGACGAAUGAAGGGAGGGAAGCUUUGCUGUCUACGGCAUCGAAGGAGCCAGCUUUGCCGGAGAAAGAAAGCAAAUCGAUCUGGAAUGCAAGAAAAUUCGCGUUUAAAAAGUACUAGUUUCUUAUUUUUAUUUAGGAGUAGUAAGUUUUUUUACCUGCGUGUCUGUGGGUGCGUUGAUCAUUUGGUACCAGAAAUAAUAGCAUUGUGUUGAUGCACGAGAUACAGUAAAUUCGUCAUUGAUCCUUUUUCACUUCAUUUGACCAUACUUCUCGUAGCUAUCUAGUCCACCCACUGAAAAAUAACAUUAACAAUUAAUAUCUAGUCCACCCACUGUUGAAUGAUAACAAACAUCUCGACAACAGUUUCGCCGGUUCUGUCGAACGCUACCAACAAUGCCUGCCUAAUCGCUUUACGUCGGAUUUAUUGGUGACGUUUCCAGACCAUUUUCUGCCUGGACCCCGCUUAGUCAGUUUCCAGAUCAAUUUGACACGAAAACUGUUGGAGUUGUACGAAGAAGGCGAGACUGACGAGGUGCCGUGGCGCAUGGAGAGACGAGAUUUGCUGAGCUUUGUGCGGAAAGGGUUGAUCCGCGGAAAUGGUGAGGAAGAGGAGUAACGAGAAUCCUGAUCAUUGUCAGAGUCCACAGAGGACCCGCACGACCCAGCUUCUCGUUUCGAGAGUGCAAUCUGCAGCGUUCUCCCGCUCCCUUGCAGGCUGUCUGCGAAAGAAGAAAUGAUCUACACAGUGAGAUGAACAUGGUUCAUCCUGGAACAUAGCGGAACUCAUUUCAUUUACAGUAUUUACCCCCAAAAGUUCGUUGCAAAACCAGACUAUGGCGUAGUUGUUCUGAGGGAGCCUCAAAGUCAAGAGACAUCACUAGACCAGGAC